CUAAAAUAAUUGCAUUUCCAUGUUGUGUGUACUGUGGGAGACCAGAUAUAGUGAAUGCAGGGUCCCAGCAGAUAUAUAGUGAAUGCAGGGUCCUGGGAGACCAGAUAUAGUGAAUGCAGGGUCCUGGGAGACCAGAUAUAGUGAAUGCAGGGUCCGGGGAGACCCAGAUAUAGUGACCGGAUAGAUAUAGUGAAUGCAGGGUCCGGGGGGAGACCAGAUAUAGUGAAUGCAGGGUCCGGGGAGACCAGAUAUAGUGAAUGCAGGGUCCGGGGAGACCAGAUAUAGUGAAUUCAUGGCCCUGG